UCCACAGUAACGCAACGACUCUUACACCUCCAUGGAUUUCACAAACCCAGACGUUGACUCUCUUUUAACCACCUUUAUAUUUUCACACCAAACAAAACCUCUCUUCUUCUCCACUUACAUACGAUGAUCAUCAUAUGGCGAUCUUCGACACAAACUCCACCCUUUGGAUCCCACGCAAUCUUGUCUUUGUCUUGCUUUUGCUUCACUCCUUGCCGUACGGAUCCGCUCAGACCACACCACCAGGACCUCACACGAAAGCCAACGAUCCUGUUGUUAUAGUGAUCACGGUUUUGUUCAUCGUGAUCUUUGUCAUGGUCUUUGGCUCCAUCUUCUGUCGGAGAAGCAACGCGCCGUUUUACUCACGUCCUUCAGUUUUCCAAUCCACCGACGCAGACGCCGAGGCCCGCGUGGUCAGGAUCAUGAGGUCGGCGGCGCGUGGACUCGAAGCGGAGGCUAUUGAAUCAUUCCCGACGUUUGUUUACUCGGAGGUGAAGGCGGUGCGGAUCGGGAAAGGUGGUGUGGAGUGUGCGGUUUGUCUAUGCGAAUUCGAAGACGACGAAACGCUGCGUUUGAUGCCUCCUUGUUGCCACGUGUUUCACGCCGAUUGCGUUGACGUCUGGCUCUCCGAUCAUUCCACGUGUCCUCUCUGUAGAGCGGAUCUUGUCCCCAACCAAAAGGGUGGUGACGACGAGAGCAGUGAGACAGAGAGCUACUUGGUUCCGGAUCCGGGUACGGUUUCGUCUGGUACGGAUCCUGACAGGGCAAGGGUUUUGGAAUCUUCGGACGCGCAUUUGCUGGAUGGUGUGACGUGGACCAAUAGUAACACCACGCCUCGGUCAAAGUCAACGGGAUUGUCCAGCUGGCGUAUAACUGACAUUUUCUUCCCGAGAUCUCACUCGACCGGACAUUCGUUGGUUCAACCAGUAGGGAAUCUAGACCGGUUUACGUUGAGGUUACCGGAUGAUGUAAGACGGCAACUGAUGAUGACAUCAAGGACGACGACGGGACACGUGGCGUUAUUGCCUCAGGCAAGGAGUUCACGGAGCGGUUACAGAAGCGGUAGCGUCGGGAGUGGGAGAAGCGUCUUGUCGUACGGACGGAAGAAUAGCCGACGGCUGCAUUCGCUGUCUUUCUCGUUCUCUUUUAGGAGCGGUUCGGUUCGGUCAGCUUUCGCCGGAGAUACGCCUAAGAAUCGCCCGACAUCUAUUGGAUCUGGUGAACGGUCUUUCGAGCGCCUCCGACCAGAUGAACGAGUGUAAAUAAUUGUUUUGGGAUGUAAUGUUCUUAUUUGGAAGCGUUUUUUACUUUUGAGCAUGACCAACAAAAAUUACAAUUAUUAUCUGUCAAACAACUAAAAACUGUGUAAAGGUUUCAGCAAAAGAAAAAAAAAAGAAAUGUACGUGUGAGAUUGUGAAAUCUUUGAAAUGUUCUAGAA